CCCUCCCCCAGAACACACUCAUUCACACACACACUCGCACACAAACACACAUAGCCUUGUAAAACAAUUGUCCUUGGAGGACAGAGAAAAAUCUGACCCCCUAAACUCCCGUAUCCCUAACUCGAUUUCUGGUGAAUGAGGGGUUGUGGAUGGUCUGUCUUGGAGCCCUGGGCAGGCAAGGGCCCUUCUGCAAAGAGAGGAGGAUGAUGGCCAGCGGGAACGGGUUCCCUUCUUCCACGGUGGCCAGCAAGCGCCCCUCACCCCUGGGCCCGUUCCCCAGGCAUAUCUGGAUCCACCAGGACACGCCUCAAGACAGCCUGGACAAGACCUGCCAUGAGAUAUGGAAAAGGGCCCAGGGCCUCCCAGAAGCCUUCCAGCCUAGGGCAGGGGCAAUGGUACCAGCACAGCCCACUGCUGCCCCACCUGGUGCCCUCAGAGACCACGACAGCACUUUCCAGGAUGAAGCUUUGGAUCAGAGCUGCAGUAAGGAUGAGAUCUCCCUCCUAGUGGAGCAAGAAUACUUGAACCUCACGAAAGAAAACUUGAGCCUGGCCAGAGACAGUCCUGGGGAGCUGGACGUAGCAGGUGACGCCCCUGAGCUGAGCAGGCUGGCCACUCCACCCUUCCCUCCACAUGUCUUGGCCCGGGCCAGGGGCCUCCCCCUGGCCCUCACCUUUGGGCGGGACCAGUUGCUGGGCCAGAAAAAGACUGUGGGGCAGGCCAUCCCGCCCAUGCUCAGUGGGCUGGGGGAGCUGCCUGGCCGCCCUGACUGUGACUCAGUCAAAUCCACAGUCACGGGGAUCCUGCGCUCCGCCAAGGGCAAGGGCACCAAGGGCGGGGAGGAGGGCAUUGCCACCCUUGCAGCCUCCAAUUCAGAGAUCAGCAGGCUCCUGGCCCAGUUCCCCCUGAAGCAUAUUGAGUCGUCCAAGGCCCCCGACAACAAAAUGGUGCUGGAGGAGACCAGGGUGAUCAAGGACUUCCUUCAGAACAGCAUGUUCAGUGGCCCCGGCCCCAAAAAGCCAUCAGGGCCGCCCCUGCUUCCUCUGCCACCACCACCACUGCCAGUGCUGCCAGAGAAGGCUCCUGAGCUCCCCGGGCAGAAGAGGCAGCUCCCAGUGUUUGCCAAGAUCUGCUCCAAACCAGAGGCCGACCCCUCCAUGGAGGGGCUCCUUGUGAUGGAGAGGACUCCAAACUCCAAGGAACUGGUCAAGGCCCCCAGAGAUGCCCUGGUUCCCAGCCAGUGGCCCCAGUGCCGGAAGGACAUGUGUGGUGAGGAGGGCCUCGGCAGUGGCAAGGCCAGCAGCAUGUUUGUCUCCCUGCCUUCCAAAAGGCCUCCUUGGCCCACAGAAAAGAACCUGCUUUAUGAGUUCCUCGGGGCAGCCAAGAAUCCCGAUGGACAGCUGAGAUUACGGAGCAAAACUGAAGUGGAUGGGCUGGAGCUGAAGUUCAAUGCACCAAUGACGAUUGCUGAUAAGAACAACCUCAAGUAUACUGGAAAUGUGUUCAUGCCACGCUUCGCCACAGCCUUAACCUCAACAGCACUGAACCAGCCACUUUGGCUCAACCUGAAUUACCCUCCACCUCCUGUAUUUACAAACCACUCGACCUUCCCACAGUACCAGGGCCUGUAUCAGCAGAGAGCACGGAUGCCCUACCCCCAGGCGCUGCACCCCCAGCUGGGAUGCUACUCCAGACAGGUGAUGCCCUACAACCCGCAGCAGAUGGGACAGCAGAUUUUCAGAUCAUCGUAUACCCCCUUGCUGAACUACAUCCCUUUUGUCCAGCCUGGCUAUUCAUACCCACAGAGGACACCUCCCAAGCUGUCCACCAACCCCCGUGACCCUUCCCCCAUGGCAGGAGAUGGGCCACAGUACCUCUUCCCCCAAGCUUAUGGGUUUAGCUCGACAUCCAGUGGACCCCUGAUGAACAGCCCCUACUUUUCUUCCAGUGGCAAUGGCAUCAAUUUUUAGCUGUGCUUCUCCCUUUCUUAUUCUGCAAUGCUGGCCUCCGAGAUCCUCUGGUUUCAGGUUUGGAAAGCCAAUGUUCUGGCCAGGCAGGUCCUCUCCCCCAUACAUGCACAAACAUUCCAACA